AUGGCAAACAGGGCUCUUCUUGCCCCGGAGCUCGUCUACAGAGACUACAAGCAUAGCGAUGAUGAAGCAUGCAAGGCCCUGGAGAUGCGUGCUAUGCAGGGUUCGCGCUUUCCGUGGCUGCAGAAGUUCACGCGCAUCUUCAUUCGAGCCGGCUUUCAGCAUUUCCUCACAUUCGACGCAAAGCCCCGCCAAUACGAGGACCACAUCAUCCGCGUUGCAGAAGAUCGAUCGGAAGGUGGGCGCAUUAUAGCUGUCGGCUGCGCCGCCCUCAAAACUGCACAGCUCCACGGCAAGAUGUGCAAGGUUGCCUACAUCUUCGACCUGAGGGUUGACGAAGAGUAUCAGGGAUACGGCGUCGGCAAAGCCUUGACACAGCAGAUUGAGGAUGCCUGCGAAGCGAAGGGAGCAAAGUUUCUGUACCUGACCGUGAAUUCUGACAACGUCAAGGCGAAGUCCCUUUACGCCAAGCGUGGCUUCGUCCACGCCUCCCAUCGAAGUCCGGCCAUGGCAUUGCUGGCCUUCCCCGAGCAGGAGGACGGAGACAUCGAAGUCGAAGAGCUCGACAAGGAAGCAGCUCGGGCCAUGACCUGCCGCUUCUACGCCUCCGCGGACCUCUUGCUAAACCAGUUGGGACAGCUCUUCGAUUCACCUCUCUACGAGGGAUCCUUCUUGGCCCGACGCGGAGAGAGUGUCGCAGGAGUAAGCGCUUGGAAUGGAAGCUCUCUGACCGGCUUCAAGAUCGAGCGGCUCUUCCUGCCCAUUUCGUGGCUGAGGAGCGGCGUCUUCCGCUGCAUGGGCAUCAGUGCCCUUCUGUUCGUGGCUCUGCGCUGGGUGCAAGCACUUCAGGCCGCCGGAACUGCAGCUGCAGAGACGCAGAGCACCAAGGACGUCCUUUGGCUCGUUGGCAUGAUUGGAGUGACCGCUUCUUCCGCCUGCCUCGUGUGGAGAGUCUGGCCUGUCCUGAGCUUCAUCGGAGACAAGAUCAUCUCAAACAACACGAAGAUGAGACAUAGGCUCUUCGGCCCGUUUGGUUUCGGUCCCAAAGAAGACCAAGAGCAGCUAAUGCGGGCGGUUGUCAAGAGGGUUCACAACGUCGCGAGGGAGUCUGGAUACGCCAUGUCCAUCUGCAAUAUGGACGUGAGCCAUCCGCUGAGGCCUUUCUUUCCGAGCAACAAGUUCAGCACCACUUUCAUGUACAAACACAGCUUGGUCCCCUGCGACAGGUCUGUGGAAGGUAGUAGCGCCGGCUUGCCACCACUGUCGGCGGACAACUUCUUCGAUCCCAGAGACCUUUAA